AUGGCGGCGCGUAGAAUCGGCGGAAUCGAAGACAUCUCGCUUUCACUCCACAACACGUUGACCGGCACGGUGGAACCGUUCGUACCCCUGGUCGAGGGGCAGGUGAGCAUGUACUGCUGCGGCCCGACCGUCUAUCUCGAUCAGCACCUCGGCAACCUGCGCACCUAUCUGUUCGAGGACGUGCUGCGGCGUACCCUGGAAGACUGCGGCCAUCGGGUCCGCCACGUCAUGAACAUCACCGACGUGGGCCAUCUCACCGACGACGGUGACGAGGGCGAGGACAAGAUGAUCAAGAGCGCCCGCACCAAGGGCCUCUCCGUCGAGCAGAUCGCCGAGCACUACACGGAGCAGUUCUUCCGUGACUGCCAGGCGCUGAACAUCACCAAGCCGACGGUGGUGUGCAAGGCGACCGAGCACAUUGCGGACAUGAUCGCCCUGAUCGAGCGGCUGGCCGAGCGUGGCCACACCUAUCUGGCCGCCGGCAACGUCUUCUACGACAUCUCCACGUUCCCGAACUACGGCCGCAUGGCACGGCUGGAUCUGGAUGAGCUGAAGGCGGGGGCACGCAUCGAGGUGGAUGCCAACAAGCGCGGUCCGCACGACUUCGGGCUGUGGUUCACCAGGUCCAAGUUCGAGCGGCAGGCCAUGUUGUGGGACUCGCCCUGGGGGCUCGGCUAUCCCGGAUGGCACAUCGAGUGCAGCGCGAUGUCGAUGCGCUACCUUGGCGAACGCUUCGACAUCCACUGCGGGGGCGUCGAUCACAUCCCCGUGCAUCACACCAACGAAAUCGCCCAGUCGGACGGCGCGACCGGGGAGCCGAGCGUGCGUUACUGGGUGCAUGGCGAGUUCCUGGUGAUCGACGGCGCUCGCAUGGCCAAGUCGGGCGGGAACCUGGCCACCGUGUCGGCGCUCGUCGAGCGCGGCUUCGAGCCGCUCGACUACCGCUACUUCUGCCUGGGCGCCCACUACCGCGACCAGCACACCUUCUCGGAACAGGGCAUACGGGCCGCCCGUUCCGCCCGCCGCCGCUUGCUGGACCGCGUCGCCGAGCUCGCCGAGCUUGCCGGCGGCGCUGAGCCGCCGGGCGCCGAAGAGCUGGCUGAGGGGGCAUGGCAGGCCUUUCGCCGCCACGCGCGUGACGACCUGCACAUGCCGCGCUGUCUGGCGGUGCUGUGGGGCCUGAUCAAGGAGCCGCGCGUGGGCGCGGCCGCCAAGCUCGACGUACUGCGGCGCAUGGACCGCAUCCUGGCUAUCGGCAUCGAGGAGGCCGGUUCCCGAAGCACGGAGCUCGCCCCGGAGCUGCGUGACCUGAUCGAGCAGCGCUCGUGCGCCCGCACGCAACGGGACUUCGCCACCGCGGAUCGGAUCCGCGAUGAGCUUGCCACGCGGGGCAUACUGCUUGAAGAUCGGCCCGACGGCGUGCGCUGGCGCCAUACGAAGGGAAAGAGCUCACCGAAGCUGUAA